AAAAACGAAUAUAUUAAUUAUAUUGUGAAAUGGCAGACUAACUAAACAUGCUUGCUAACUAUCUGCCGAGCCGAACUGCAACAAACAAACUCGUUAAGGUACACAUCUAAUCGCUGUGUGAAUAGCUAUUGAUUAGUCAUGCGGUUGAGAUACGUGGCCUUUGCUAGAAUUGCGAAUUUAUAGUUAUUUAAUAACAUUUCGAAUUCAGUCUCGCAUUCAAAGCGCAAUACGCGAGUUCGCUAAAAUGAGCGCGUUGAAUAUUUUGGACUUAAAAGAUGAUUGCCUUGGUUAUUUGCUGAAUUAUCUGACGGCUGAGGAUCGAAUCAGUUUUGCCCAAGUCUGUUGUCGAUUUCGUGAGGUGUUCAUAGCGUGUGCCGGAAAACAAUUUCGCCAGUUUACGCUUGAUGAAAACAGCUCAAGGCAACAGCUGAUCGGAUUCUGUAUUUACCGCGAAUCAGUCGAGAGUCUAAGCAUCGAUUUGGAGUACUUUGAUACGUCGCGAACAUUUCGGUAUUAUGGAUGUGUGGCACCUAUCAAUUGUUUUAGCAUACUUUGCCUAACAUUAACCGGCAUGGUCAGCUUGAAGCGUUUAAUAGUAAAAAAGUGAAAAGAAAGGACCUUCAUUCCAAUUGAAAAACCCUUUGAAAAAAUUUUAGCUGCCGUCAAGGGCUUAACUGAGCUCAAAAUUUUAGAAUUGCAUGCCAGAGAUGAAUUUACCUAUGAUAAUUUAAUCCACCUCAACCAUCUUGAGGAAAUACAUAUGCGCAUAACACAAAUAAACGCUCCACUUCUCGCCAAGUGCUGCAGAUCGAAUCUCAAUCUACGCCAUCUAAACCUCGGCUACAACAGUGUCCAGCGUAAUCUGUCCGAUAUAGUUCCAUAUUGUGCCAAUCUGGAAACUCUUCAAUUUGGCAUGAUGGCAGAGGCAUCCGAUUACAAGCCACUAGCUAAGCUGCCUAAGCUAAAGCAACUUAUGCACUUUGGGGUUCGGCGCAGCGGCUCCUUUGUGCCGCUGCUUACUGAUUUGGCUGCGCGGCGGCAAGAGCUACAACGUCUGGAGAUCGAUGGAGGCACCCUCAGCCCAGAGGAGACAGUGCAAAUUGUCCGACAGUGCGGCCUGCGGCAGCUGAAGUGCUUCUGCUCGACAGCCGAAAGUGUGGAGAUGCUGUCGCAUUUGAAGCAACUGCAGGAGCUGAGCAUUUGGAUGUCUAGCAGAACUGAAAUUUCUGUUGCCCUGCUAAAAGUCAUAGGGGAAUGCAAACAGUUGCAACUCUUGCGCAUUGCUUCGGGUAACGUAAGCCCUGAUUUUAUAGAGAACGUCACAAAAGUGCUGUUUGAGACCAGAACGGAACCGAACCAAAAGUCGCUGAAGCUUGAACUUCCUUUUACGGAUUGCACGAGCCACAAUAAGGAACUAUCUAAACGCAACAAAGUUCUAAGCUGCUCAGCAUUUGAGAUUGAUUCUUGGAAAUGUUGAAAUGUUCAAUUAUGAAGAUUUUAUGUAUUAUGUGUAUCAAGUCUGGUCGGAAUGAAAAAUAACCAUAUUUUAACAGUUAAUACUCAACUGUGAUCUUAAUAUUAUUUAAUUUUAAGAACAGAACAAAAUGAUAACCUUUAGCAAAUAUAAUCUCAUAAUUGAACGGGAAAUGUAUUGAAACAGCAGAAAUAAAAUAAUAUAAUCAA